AUGGUGUCUGCCCUUGCCUCGUUGACUACCUUUGGCUGGGUCACGUCGCUCUCUCUGGUACUGCUCGUCAUGGCCCAUUUCAUCGGCUCCGGAGCGGCCGCCGAUCGCCCAGGAGCUUUUGUCUGGCGCGCCGCCGGCGAUGAUCCUGAUCUGUCCAAGGCGGUCGGCGAGCUGCUCGAGUCGUCUGCUCGCAACUUUACAGUCAAGUAUGUCGCGUCAGAGGACAUAACUCCUUCCAGUCUGCAGACUGUCCAGCUCUUUGCCUUUCCCGGCGGUCCCGAUGUGGACGACGCGUGGGCAGAACUCGAGCCCGUGGCGGAUUACAUACGUGAUUUUGUCGCCAAUGGUGGCCACUACCUCGGUUUUUGUCUUGGCGCAUACAUGGCUGGCGACUCGCCGGGCCUUGCCCUGCUGCCUGGGGACACCGAGAUAAGUGCCGAGAGCGACGAGAAGGACGCGCAAGUCAAGGACGACAGGGAUACGGUGAUUCAGGUCAACUGGGCAUUCAGUUCCGGAGCGAAUGCCGGUCAAACGGCAAUGAACCGCUGGAUUUACUUCCAGGAAGGAAGUCUUGUCAAGAACUUUGUCGAGAACUGUACCAACCAUGUGCUUGCGCGGUACUCCACGACGGGCCACGUUGCUGCGACACUGAACAAGUACGGCAAGGGAUGGGUUGGCACAACCGGGCCUCAUCCAGAGGCGAAUCAACUCUGGUUUAAUUCCAUGAAGCUCAAGGCACCCAAUGGCUUUCAGUUCGAGAUUGGCCAUGACCUGAUUGAAGCCACCAUGAGCGGCGGCAAGAACGUCAAGAGGAUGCCCUUCGCUGGGCAGACCAAUGGAAAUGGGACCAUUGGAAACGGGGCCAAUGGAAAUGGAACGAAGUUUGUGCCAAGUGCCGGCAACAAGUUGAGAAAUCCAAUUGGCCGUCUCUUUCGCAAAUAA